UAUUACUAUAUCCUAUCCAGUGUAUCAACAAAUCAUCAAGAUUUGAGAAGUAACUUAAAAGUAUUGGUAUAAUAAUGAAACGUUAGCAAAGGAUAAUGUUUUCUUGGACGAGGCAAAUGACCUUACGCGGCAUUUUCAAAACUAUUCACUGGAAUGUGAUAUGUUUAAUUGUUUACCAAGCACGCACACUGAGCGCACGUUGCGUUGGGGAAAAAACCGAAAGUAAUCUUGUUUCAAAAAUGGCUCCUAUUAUAAUCGUACAUGGAGGUGCUGGGGACAUCCCUGACAGCAGGGUGAAAGGCAAGCUUGAUGGAAUGAAGGUAGCUGUAACGGCGGGACACGAGAUUUUGAUGAAAGGAGGUAGUGCGUUGGAUGCCGUGGAAGCGGCUGUUGUCGCUAUGGAGAAAGAUGAAAAUUUUAAUGCUGGUUAUGGAUCUGUUUUAACUUUACGAGGAGAAGUGGAAAUGGAAGCUAGUAUCAUGCGUGGACAAGAUUUGAAUGUAGGUGGAGUUACACUCGUCAAGGAGUUUCUUCAUCCUAUCAGCAUUGCUCAUAAAGUACUUACGGAUUCACCACAUUCUCUUUUAGGAGGGGAGGGAGCGAAAUUAUUUGCUCUAGAAAAGGGAUUCAAACCAAUUCCUCCAGAAUCAUUGAUUAGCGAAAAUGCAAAACGAGCGUUGGACAGGUUUUUGAAGCAUGGGGAAUUUGGUAGGACAGAAAUAGGUCCCAAAGAUGAGGGUGGAGUGGGCACUGUCGGUGCUGUAGCUAUAGAUUGUCAAGGACACAUUGCAGCCGCCACAAGUACAGGUGGUAUGAGCGGAAAAGCAGUUGGUAGAAUAGGAGAUACACCUCAGAUCGGCAGCGGAACUUACGCAGACGAUCACAUUGGCGGUGUUUCAACUACGGGACAUGGGGAAUCAAUAUUGAAAUAUUGCUUGGCCCACAGUAUUAUUAAACUCAUGGAGAACGGUACCGAUGCAAACACUGCUACGACUAUGGCAGUAAAUGGUAUGACUUCUCGGCUACAUAAUACUGCAGGUGCGAUCACCUUGUCAAAGAAUGGCGAGGUUGGUGUUCAUUUCAGCUCAAACAGAAUGUCUUGGGCGUACAUCAGGGAUGGGCAAAUAUUUUACGGCAUCAAUCCAGGCGAACAAUUUUGUGAGAAAUAUGAGCCUGAGAAGUAAGAACUGAUAAUACGUAGGUAUUAUCAGUUGUUUAGCAUUGAUGUGUAGGCAAGACUGAAUCAAGUUUUAUUUACAACAUAAAAUACAAUGAAUAUUUUACUAAUUAGAUAUUUUUAUACUUAAUAUUAUGUUAUAUGUUACAUUUAUAAAUGUAAAUGUCCUUCAAAAUCUAAUCAUGAAAAUAUACUAUAAUAUCAACAA